GCUGCCGCACCUGUGCCGCCCGCUUCUCCCCGUGCGUCAGAACAUGGCAACUCUUUAAACCUUUCCCCCACACGGGAGGAGGCUGCAGACCGCCUCGAUCCUGUGAAGCGUUCAUAGGUCUCUCCUGCUGCUGCUCUCCGGAUCGAACCACCGUAUUUACACCGUCAGCGCGGCUGUUACCGCGCAGCCUCUCAUUUACAAACUUCCGGUGAGAAUUUGACACCUGGGAAGAGUGGGACGAGAUAAUUACUGCUCCUUUCUCCCACCAGCGCGAUUUUAACAGAGAACUUCCAGAGGCAUCAUGCAAGUUUACGUGGCUGUGAUAUUCGCUUAUGGAGUGUCUGCACUCAAUACCACAGAGGAGAAGGGUACAUGCCCACUUGGAUAUUUUCCCUGUGGCAAUCUGACAGUUUGCCUCCCGCAGCUCCUGCACUGCAACGGCAUUGAUGACUGUGGAAACCAGGCAGACGAGGAGAACUGCGGAGACAAUAAUGGAUGGCCGCACCUUUUUGACAAAUAUUUUGGCAUGCCGAGUCACAAUACCAGGACCAAGUCCAACGUGUGCUUGCUGGGCGUCGUUCCUGAGCUCUGCCAGUGCCGAGACCUGGAGCUGGACUGUGACAGCGCUCAGCUAAGAGAAAUCCCCGUAGUGGCGAUAAAUGUCACCGUGAUGUCCUUACAAAGAAACAGACUUCACAGGCUGAAAGCAAAAGGAUUCUUUAACUAUCAAAGCCUUCAGAAACUAUAUCUACAGCACAACAAUAUUCAAGAUGUGAAUCCUGAUGCAUUCAGAGGGCUUCAUAAUCUGACAAGACUGUACCUGAGUUACAACAAGAUAACAGUAUUGAUGCCAGGAGUGUUCAAGGACCUGCACAAGCUGGAGUGGCUGAUCCUGGAAAACAAUAAUAUCCAUCAGAUAUCUGCCAUGACAUUUUCAGGACUGAACUCUCUUGUUUUACUGGUUUUGUUGAACAACUCCCUGGCAAAGUUGGAUGACAUCUGCAGGGAAAUGCCCAGACUGAACUGGCUGGACUUGGAGGGAAAUCUAAUUGAAAAAAUUGGAAAUGCUUCUCUCCAUUCAUGCACCAUGUUGACAGUUCUGGUGUUGCAGCGAAACAGGAUCAGCUACAUACACGAACAAGCAUUCUCAGUCCUCCAAAAGCUCGGAGAAUUGGAUCUGUCCAACAACAGACUGGUGGCCAUACCUCCCAAUCUAUUUGUCUUACUGGAGGAUUUGCUCCAACUAAACAUAUCCGACAAUCCCAUCGUGGAGCUUCAACUGGAUCACUUUGACAAGUUACAUAGACUGAAGUCUUUGAGCAUAGAGGGAAUAGAAAUUGAUAACAUACAGCGAAGGAUGUUUGAACCUCUCAGAUACUUGACUCACAUCUAUUUCAAGAAGUUCCAGUACUGCGGCUAUGCCCCUCACGUGCGCAGCUGCAAGCCCAACACAGAUGGCAUCUCGUCUUUUGAGGACCUGCUGGCCAACAUCGUCCUGAGGGUUUUUGUCUGGGUUGUCUCUGCCACCACAUGCUUUGGCAACAUCUUUGUCAUCUGCAUGCGCUCGUAUAUCCGCUCCGAGAACAAACUCCACGCCAUGUGCAUCAUCUCCCUCUGCUGUGCCGAUGGCCUGAUGGGUAUUUAUCUCUUCAUGAUUGGUGCAUAUGACCUGAAGUUUCGUGGUGAAUACAAUCGUCAUGCUCAAGCCUGGAUGGACAGCACUCAGUGUCAGGUCAUUGGCUCUUUGGCUAUGCUGUCUACCGAAGUGUCUGUGCUGCUCCUCACGUAUCUCACCUUGGAGAAGUACAUCUGUAUCGUGUACCCUUUCCACUACCUGACUCCCGGUUGGCGACGGACUGUCAGUAUCCUGCUCGGGAUAUGGGUGUUUGGAUUUGUCGUCGCCUUUUUGCCUCUGGCCUGCAAGGGGUUAUUUCGCAACUUUUAUGGCACCAAUGGGGUCUGCUUCCCUCUGCACUCGGAGCAGCCAGAGACGCCCUGGGCGCAUGUGUACUCCAUUGUUAUUUUUCUUGGUCUCAACUUGGUGGCAUUCCUCAUAAUUGUCUUCUCCUAUGCAAGCAUGUUCUACAACAUCCAGAGAACAGGCACUCAGACAACCAAGUACAGCAACCACAUAAAAAAAGAGGUCACCAUCGCCAAGAGGUUCUUCUCUAUCGUCAUCACUGAUUCCCUCUGCUGGAUCCCCAUUUUUAUUCUCAAGAUCCUUUCACUGCUGCAAGUGGAAAUUCCCGGUACCAUCAGUUCCUGGGUCGUCAUCUUUAUUCUCCCCAUCAACAGUGCCCUGAACCCCAUCCUCUACACGCUAACCACGCGGCCUUUCAAAGAAACAAUCCUCCAGGUGUGGGCAAACUACAGACAGAAAAGGCCUCUGCUCAGCGGUCACCCGCCACAUCAUCCAUCGCUCACCUGGCAGGAAAUGUGGCCCCUCCAGGAAAACAGCCACGGCGUCUCCCCAGGGUGUCCGCUGGAGGCGAAAGACACAGCAGCCAAACUCCCCCCGGUGGAGAAUCCGGAUGAGGGAUACAAUGACUUUAAUGCAGGCACGAAACAACAGCGGCAGAAGCAGCAUGCCGUGUUAUCGGUGUGCUCGCAGAAUAAGACGGUACCCCAAACACUCACACACAUUCACACGUUCACACAAACAAAUGACCUCCUCUAAGUGACUAAGAAUUGAUCUGUUUGUAUGUCUGUAUAAUUCCUGAACCUGAAAUGUUUAGAUGAAUGAACAUUUCAGGUUCAUUCAUCUAAACUCUUUUAAUUAUUCCCUUAACAAUGGAACUUAGGCCACCAUCCUUGCACAGAUUUCUCAUUUAAAGUGAAAAACCACGGUGGCAGUAGUAUUCAUCGGGUUUAGCAGUAAACACAGUUAUCAGAGGUUUACAACUACCUUGUUAAACAUUUUACUCCGCAUUUUCUCUAGAACUCACCUCACUUACAAAUUAAAGAUGAAGACUUCUGAAUUACAAGGUUUUUUAAAAAAAUACAACUUAGAUUAAUUAAAAAGAUGAUUUAUCUCAGCAAUUUCAUACAGAAUAAGAAAGUCAUGCAAAUUAAUCAGUGUAUUUUAAGCAAUUUAUUAUUAUUAUUAAUUUAAUCAUACUUUACAGCUAAUAAUAAUCCAAAAUGUAGUUUCUGAGAAAGUCACUCGACACCAAUAAAAAAAAGAUUUUUAAUACAUAAUCUAAUGUUACAGGCAAAAAAUAAUGAAGAACACUUGUCCUUGACAUUUGCCCAGCAGACAGUGUUGACUUUCCUCCACAAGGAUAAGCUGCUAAAUGUCAUUGCUAAUAAAUCUAGCUUUUUACUGAGUGCUGAAUAUAAGCAAAUUAAUGCAAAAGGUACAUCAACCAAGCAUUGUGUGUAUAAACUUUACAUUAACAUACUUUUCAGUUAUCCAACUUAAAACAUUUAUUUAAACAUGCAGGACAUUGAUAAAGAGGAUUAUGGAGAAUUAGAACAGCAGAAGUAAGAGGGACUUAGUUCCAUUAGUCGCUCCCCAAAACUGCUUAUUCCCCAGAGUUCUUCUGAAAAUUCAAAUAUUUUUACAAUUAAAUGAGAGAAAUGGUGAGCUCAUUACAGCAGUUUGGCAGGAAUCAUUAUCACACCAUAUUCCAACUAAAUAAAGUGACUGGUUAUGAUGCCAGUGAUGCAUUGAGUCUCUGUGUAAUGGCUUAAAGGCUUCACAGAGGCGUUCCUGUUUAUUGUCGCUGUGCUUUGCUGUAAAACAGAUUGGUGAUUCAGAAGAAGCUCCUGUUCCCUACUGUAGCCUCUGGUUCUGGUGGCACAGCUUUUGUGGACUGCAGCAGCGCACAGAGAGUGUGUGGAGAGAUGUGUAGCAGAAUGAUUAGGCUGUUAAGAUGCUUUCUGUUUCAUUAUCUACUCCUAUGGGCUCUAGACUUGCAAAAAGAAAGAAAAAGGAAUCAGAGUAACAAUAAAGUGCCUCGGUUUUCCUUAGCCUCUAAACGAGAUGUCUCGCCAUCUGAUGAAUAUAAUGUCUGAGUUUCUUUAUUUAAUUUCCAACCGGUUAAACAGUAAACUCAGAUGGAAAGUUCUCCAUCUCUGUCUCCAUCUUUGUUUUGAUAUUUCUUUAUUCUUAUUUAUGUUCUGACUCCAAACAUUUGCACGCAACACCCAAACUAAGUCUACAAGAUACACAUUUACUGUGUCUGAGGUUGCAUAACCAUUCGACCAGUCAGGGUACCCGCAGUGAUCCCUGUCACUGCUGAAAGCACCAACAUGUAGACUCAUGAGUAUCAGAACUGGAUUAUGGAGCAAUGACAAAUGAUGUCCUGGUCUGAUGAAUCAUGUUUUCUCAUUAUCAGAGGAGACAUUGGUGUCUGAUUCAGGCAUUGGAACAUCAAGCGUCUUAUAUUUGGCAGUGGCUAUAUGCUGCGUUUUAGGGAACUUGUAGUCAGAUUCAGUUUUUUCUGAAGUAUGUAAUGCUGAGAGACCUCCAAUGAUGCAAAAAAGGUAUUUCCAUUGCAUUUCAAUUCAGCUAAACAACAAACAAACAAAAAUAACACCUCAGGCUAGUGAAAAACGUUUUCUUUUUCAAAAUUGCCAUGUUUUCAUUAAAGUAAAUUUAUUUUCAGAAUUCCAAUUUGUGCAAUUUUAAUGUCAAUGGCAACGAGUGCUGCCUGCUUUGUCCAGCUAAAGCAAUUGUGAAAGCAUCAACUCUCAAAGAUGGUCAUAAUGCUAUGCCUAAUUGACGUAGAAAAAUCAAUUUUAUGAACUGACAUUUUAAGCUUCUGCAGCCGAGAAGGCCAUUACCAGACUUAAACAAUUAGUUCUGUAAAACCUGUCCUGUGAGAUUUCCCUCCAUUAGUUUAAGCACUCAGACAGAGAAGUUACGCACUUCAGGAUUAUUGAAACAUCCUCCAGUUACAUCCACUGUCUCAGUCUUGGGUAAAAAUGAAAGGAAGAUGGAGUGAUGCUAAAUUUUAAACCCCUCUGUUUAUCUAAAAUAACUUUCCUGGAGACACAGAGGAGGAUUUGUUGGUGCGAAUGUGAGAAGCAUACAAACACGCUGAUGUUUAGCUGUCAGGCAACCCGUGUGAUUAUUCCAAGCAUGUACAUGUGCCACUGCUUUUCAUGCACAAGUGGGUCCCUCUCACAUCAGCAGAGUUUAUGUCGCUCCACAAGUGGGUUUGUGAUUCACUGUGGAUGUAAAAAAUCCAUUUCAUUUCAUAGAUGUUCGUUUUUCCUGCCGUCGAUUGUGGCUGCACUCAAUUCCUUCAAGAUGAGACUUUUCCCGUGUAUUCACUGAUGUAAAAAUGAACCUGUUUUUUCUCGGUGUGUGUGGAAACACUUUUUCUGCUCCCAGCAGGAAGCCUGUGCAAAGAUGGGCACCCUGGCUUCACACACAUGAAAGGUCACCUGCAGAGGAAGUACAGCAGAUGGAUUUUCAGAGUCAUUAUUGCAAAGUUCCUUAAAGCAGGGCAGCUAAACUUGUUUGCUGGAAAAGCCACAGUGAUAACAGCUACAUCCCACCCGCUGUUAUCUAACAGAAAAUAUAUAAAAAAAUAAAUAAUCUGCUGAAUGGAGGGCAUUUUUGCUGCCUCAGGUUGCUAAAUGUCUGCUGCAUUCCUAUUUUAUGUAGCUACACCACAGCAUGGAUUUGGUAGUUGCAAAGGCACUACAUUGUUUUACAUAAAUUUACUCUAAACAGAAUUGACUUUUUUGUCCUGGAGAUAGAAAGUGCUGAUGUCAGCCUUCCAUCGAGACAUUUAAUGUAGCAACAGCCCAAGGUUGACAUUCCUGACUUCUCCUGAAACAUUUUGAGAAUAACACAUUCUCCAAAUCUGUGCUGAUGAUUGAAAAAACCACAGUGCCAUCCGCACAGCUGAAGGCUCUUGGCCGUCUAAGUCUGUGCUUUUAACUGUUCGUCUUACAUUUCAAACCUGUCAGAUACUCUGAGAGCGGUUCUGACAGCUGCUGCUCAUGAGCUGAAUACAUGGAGGAAGAAUCAGAAAGGCCAUUCAUUUGUCCAGGCACAAUCCAAUUAGCAAAGCAAUCAAAAUUAGCUGAUUUAUUAUGAUUAUAAACUUUUAAAAGAAAUGAAUAAUUGAACAUCUUAAAAUAUUGUCACCCUGUUUCUAGGCUUUUAUGUCUGAAUGAAAUUAAUGUGCUCAGCUUCUAAAUGUAUUUAAAUCUACCAUCAAGUAUAAAAAGAAAUUCCUCUCUGUCAUUAUUUAUGAACCAUAAAGCCAAAAUAGAAAAGUUAUGUGUGAAAAACUUGCGCUCCAAGUAGUGAACCUUUAAACAUCACGUCUUGAUGCUUAAGGUUAUAAAACCACCUUAAGCAUCAAGAAGUCAGAAAAACUUUUAAUUUAUGACUUUUACACCUUAUUGUAGUAUAUUAGAUGAAAUCUAUUUUUUUUCUUUAUAAUGUUACUAAAGUCCAUUGAGGUUUGCAAACAUUUGAUUCUGUACAGAUUCUUUUAGGCUCCACAGAUCCACCAAAUUUCAACACACCUCUGCCAGGGUGAGAAUAAAGAAUCUCAUUACUUUCCAUCCUGCAACUCGGUCGGGUGUUAUAAAUAAAACAAAAGUCACAGUAGUUUGUGUUCAUCUGCUGCUGUUCAUUGUUUACCUUUAAAGCUGAGUCAGUUGUUUUCAUUUACGGCCUUUCGUGGUUAUAUUUGCUUUUAUUACUGAGAUUAUUCUCCAGUUUCAUGACCGCAUUUCAGCCAAACCUCAGCUGUCAAAGAGAGAUGGCCUCACAUUUGACCCGUACAGUGGAGUUUCUAGUCAACUCAGGCCCUGUCCACACUAACCAGUAUAUUGGGUUAAAUUUUUUUUUAAUGUCUUUGUUUAGAUCUUCUGUCUGCACAUGAAGUCUUUUUGCGGUUCAAGCUGUUCUGUGUCUGAUAACCUGAGCAGGGAGUCCUCCGGCUCUCGCCUCAUGACGGAUAGAGACGGGCAGAAUCUGCCCCCUGGUCCUGCGUGUUUAUGAUGCAUACAUCUAUUCAAAAGCAUGACAUAGAGGCCAUCUUAGCACAAGCCUGCUAUUGCUUUCUCUGCUAAAAAUCACAACAGUGUUUUUAGGUUAUCUUCCCACUUCUGCUUUGCUUUGGCCUGACUGUUUGAAUGAAAAGUGAAUGACUGAGAGGAAAACAUGGAAGAGAGCCAAAGAGAAGAAGACAACAUAUACAUUUCAGAAGAGUCCAUAGCUCAUCUGUGCUUUUAUCCAUCCCCAGGAUCUUCUUCAUUUGAAAUUAAAUACAGUUAAUGAUGACUUUAUUGCUCUCUGACUCAGUUUAGGUAUGAAUGCCAUACCUUAGAUAAAGGAAAACUAGAACUGUAACUUAUGAAAGGGUUAGGGUUAUGUGUGGGUUAUGUGAGUAAUGACCUGCCCCUUCCAGCCCAUUACGUCAAGUUCCUCAUCAAACCAUCAUGCAAUGACCAUCUAAUAAUACUACCAACUUCCUUACAGAUACAUUCAGUUUACAAUGUAAUAUUGCUAUUUAACAGCAUUGGAGGAAAGUUUAAAAAUCAAUUAAAAUCAUUUCUCCUAAACUUCAAGAUAUUCCUAAAGAAAAAGAGUGACAUGCAGUUAUGUUCUAAGAUAAAUUACUUUUUAAAAAUGAAAAUAAUUCAAUUUUUAAAAGAAAAGAAAGCAUUCAAUCUAAGCUCACUAAUAUAUUCUGCAUUCAAAAAUUCUCAAAAUAUUCUCAAAGGACCAUGUCUGUCUACUACAAAGCAAAGAAUAUAUUACUCUGAAAUUGUUGUGGUUCACUUAAAUGUAACUUUGCAAACACAACUGGUGCUGCUGCAGCAUUUUAAAAGAGAGAUGCUUUGCCUAAGCCAUUUUCAAAAGGUCAAGCUUGUUUUUUAUGGGAUAUCCACUCCUGGAAAGGUUAGCAACUAUAUGUUUCUGCUUGUGAGUAAUCUUUUACUGUAUUAUGACAUUCCAGUAGUUUAGAAAUGUCUUUAAAACCUUUCUGAUAGGAAGCAGGAACGACUCAGAUCCUUGCUGAUGUUUUUCCAUAUUACCUGUUUGCUCCAGAAUAGUAAAAGUUCUGCUCUUAUCACAGUGGAUAGACGUCCUGAUGAUCAAUUAAUAAACUGGCUGCAACUUUCCUUUUAAAAUGUAAGAAGUAGGAAUGUAUUUAUAUUUACACACCUCUCUUUAUUUUGGCUUUAUGUUUGCUUAAUAAGGAAUUUGGUGGUGGAAUCGUACAUUUGAAGUCACAAUUAAUUUCAGAACCUUUAAAGAUCAGGUCAUUUGUGUGUCCUGAUAAUAAAAACUCCCAGACCUGAAAACGGAGGCUGCUCUGUUUUCUCUACCAUGACUGUAUUAUAUGUACAUCAUUAAUCAGAAUUGCACUGAGCUUGUUAGGUAUGUUUUAUCCAGCAUUUACAUUAUUUUCCUACCUAAUCCUGCAGAAACAGGCUCUAAAAAAACUAAUCUAGAGCUCACAUUUACCCAAAACCUGACACAAAAAUAAUUUGCACCUCUUCCAGUUCUGCUCAGCACACAUGCACACUUAGGGUGUCCAAUCACACCUGCAACACUGAUAUUCUAAGGUUAUUAUUGUUUUUAUUUGAAGUUGACCUUAUCAGUCAAUAGGAAACCAUAUCUUCACAUGUUGACAAUGCAUUUUAUAUUUAUGUCAGCAAGCCAUCCAACAAACAGUCCUAACAACACACCUCAGCCAGGGUGAGAAUAAAGAAUCUCAUUACUUUCCAUCCUGCAACUCGGUCGGGUGUUAUAAAUAAAACAAAAGUCACAGUAGUUUGUGUUCAUCUGCUGCUGUUCAUUGUUUACCUUUAAAGCUGAGUCAAACAUGCAGAUAUACUGAAAACUGGUAGGAAAAUCAAAGCACGUCUCCCUUUAUGAUGUGCAUUCUAAAAAUGUUAUUUGUUGCAUCAAAAAAAGAAGAAAAUUGGGAUUUUUUUAUUAUUAUUAUUCUCAGUUUGUAUUGAGGAAUGUUGUGCUUUUGUCUGAUUCGUCACACUUUUAAUGCAAAAACUGAUUUUUUUUCUUUUAAUGAAAUUAUCCCAUUUAUGGCUAAGAUAAACAUGCUCAUAUGUGUCACACAUUUUGUAGUGUAUAUAUGAACAGACUCUGUCCUGUCCUUUUAGUUUUGGCUGUUUUUUAUGCCUUUUAUGGCUGUCAGUGUUAUGAAUAAUCAUGACUACAGAUGUUCAUUCUGUUACAAGCAAAUGUUUAGAAAUUGCAAGUAGAUAUGCGUCAAUGAUUCAUUAAAAAGUCAUGCUCAGUUUGACAAUUAGAUUCUUGUCCAAUCAGUCUCUAUCAAACAUCUGAAAGGGUGAAUCACUCAAUCAAGUUCACUUUUCAGAAUGAACAGGCUCUCCACAAUACAUUUCAUUCUCAAUUCUAGAAAAAUAAGAAGAAACAUUUAAAAGAUUUUUUUUUAAACCAAUGCAGCCAUUUCUAAUACUUUAUGCUCAGUUUGCGGAAAGCUUUGUUUCUCCUUUCAUACUAUUAAUUACUGGAAGUACUUUCCUGAAUGUAAUAUAACAGCCUCUGUGUGUUCAAUAAAGAAUGUAUUUAUUUUGGACAGGAAUGAAAUUAAGUUUUAUGUGUCAGUUGUUGCAACACAGGAAGCAUUUUUUACAUCCUGUUGAGAUAAAUCUCCAGCUGGUCUGGGGGUUCAAACCUCAUGUCACAAACUCCAACAUCACAACACAUUUUUUACACUGUGAAGUACCAUACUGGCAUUUGUAAAAUAUCCAGUGCUGUACAAUAAAAUACAGUUGUGAAUUCCUAA